UAAUGUAUGGAUAGUUUUAUCAUUUUCCUACGUGUUGGGGCAUGGAUUCCCAAGGGGGAAGUAGGACCAGAUGAGUUUUGUCUGGUGGGUUUGGGGGCACUGCACGACCUUUCAUGCCCCAUCGUUGGCUCUUUACUAGACCAGUGUGAGCCAGGACCACAACCACCACACCCCCAACCUUCAUACUCCCCUCUAUAUAUACUCCAGUUUUCUCAUCUCCAACUUCAAUAAACCCCCUUAAUUCAAACCCAACUUCAAUAUUUCAAUCUUAAGUUUACUAGCUACCAAAAGAUCAUAUAGGAAACAAUAAGAAAUUCAAAAAAAAAAUAAAAAAUUAGAGCUAUGAAGAUGGGAAGCCAUGCCACUAUUGGAGGAUCUAAGAGAAGGUUUUCAAGCAGAGGAGUUGGAGGAGUUCUUAGAGAGCAAAGAGCUAAGCUUUAUAUUAUAAGGAGGUGUGUGGUUAUGCUUCUUUGUUGGCAUGAUUAAGAGCUUCUAAAUUAGCUCUUUCCUCAUCCUAGGGGGAAAAAAAAGGAAGAAAAUAGGAGGAAUUCUGGUUUUUCUUCUCUAUUGUAUUACAUUUUUUUUUUUUUUUUUUGGGUGGAGUAGUUAGUUGUAAAUAGAAGCGGCGGAAUAUGAUAUAUUCUUGGAGAGUUUUUAUCACAAAUUUUGUAUGGUUUCUGAAAGCUAGAUGUAUAUCGGAUAGAUAUAUAUAAUGAAUGAAAAUUAAUUACCUUGUUAUAUAUAUUUAUAUUAUUUACAA